AUGGCGUGCUUCCAGAUCCUCUCGGAUCUUCAUCUAGAGGACCACAGCGCGUACGACUUAUUUAAGGUACGUCCGCAAGCGCCGCAUCUCGCUCUCCUAGGAGACAUCGGGCACGUCAAGGACGACGGGCUGUUCCUUUUCUUAGAAACCCAGCUCCGCCAAUUCCAGAUCGUGUUCUUCCUCCUGGGUAGCAACGAGCCGUACUACUCUGACCGGACAACCGCCAGGAAGCGACUAACCGCCUUCUCAGAAUUCGUCGUCCAGCGACGAGCCUACGAGGCCCAGCAGCCCCAGCAGGAACCGCCCCUAAGCCCUUUCGGCCAAUUCGUCUUCCUCAACCAAACCCGCUACGACGUCUCCCCCGACGUGACCGUCCUCGGCUGCACAUUCUACUCGCGCGUCACGCCCAAACAGAAGAAGUACGUGGGCUUCGGUCUGAACGACUUCUUCCACAUCCAGGACUGGACGGUGAAGAAGCACUCGGCAAGGCACGAAGCGGACCGGGCGUGGCUGAACGCCCAAGUCGCCCGGAUCGCAGCGCGAGAACCGCAUCGCUCGAUUGUCAUCUUCACGCACCAUAGUCCGUCGGUGGUCGCGGACGCUGUGGACCCGUUGCAUGCGAAUAGUGUCGUCUUGUCGGGGUCCGCGACGGACAUGUCGGGGGAGGAGUGUUGGGAGAAUCCGCAAGUCAGGCUGUGGGCGUACGGGCAUACCCAUUAUAAUUGCGAUUUUACGGAGGAGCGGACGGGGAAGCGCGUAGUGGCGAAUCAAAGGGGUUACUACCAUGCGCUGACCCAGGUGUUCAAUCCGUUCUUCGUGGCGCGGGUUGGGACCAUUCCGGGGUGA